AUGCCGCUGGCAAGGAUGAUGGCGCGCUCCGAGACAUUUCAGGAGCGUGCCAGCACAAGCCCUGGGCUGCAGGCCUUUUUGGAUAAGAAGGGAGACGAGCAUUGCUUCAGUUGUUUGUACCUCAUAGCUGGGAUCGUUUGCCUCUAUGCCGCAAUUUAUCAUGGAUCAGACUUUUGCAUGGAUCUUGCUCAAACUAAAUUAGAAACAUCGCUCAACCAAAUAACGCUCUCUUCCAUUGGAUCAGGCAAUUCCAAAAUCCAAAAAGGCGCGAGUGUCCUUAAGACACAGUCUGUGAAGAAGAAACAGACUCUCCUCGAUUUUUUUGACAAAGACAUGAAAUUUGCUUCCCCGAUGUUAGCGCAAGCGAAUGAAACGGGAUCAGGAAAUAAUAGCACCAGUGCCGGCACAUUUGAGAAUGACUAUGCAGAGCAAGCCUUCGCUGGUCGUCAUGGAUGGGUUGUGACCUGGCUGUUGGUAGAGGGAUCAACAGCCCUGGGACUACCACUUGUGUCAAUUAUUAUGUUGAUUCUACGGCUACAUGAAAAUUCGUUGGUCAGUUGCAUCUUGUACGUGGUUGCUGUCUUUCAGGCGAUCUGGCUUAUAAUCGGAUGUCUCUGGGUCUUUGGGGGCUUCGUUCCAGAAUCUUGUAUUGAUGGUCGCGUUGGGGACAACUUUGCGUAUAACACCAUGUGGUGGGUAUGUGCUAUUUGGCUGGGAAGCAUGAUCACAAUUAGUAUGGUGAUCUGCUGCAUCCUAUGCUUCUUCAUGGGGUUAUCUUCGAGCGCAAGAUCGGGCACAAGCAAGCCCCAGUACGAGCAGGUGAACUCUGAGCCUUCCAAAGCGAACAAUCCAGCCUAG